AUGGGCGCCGUCGCUGAAGUUGGCCAUGGGCCAUCCCACCAACCAUGGUACAAGACAAGCCACUUGAUCAAGCUCAACUCCAUCAUCCUAUCCCUCGUACUCUUCUCCUCAGCAAACGGCUACGACGGCGGACUCAUGGGCUCCAUCCUCGCGCUCAACACCUGGAACAAAUUCAUGCACCACCCAACCGGCGCAUAUCUCGGCUGGAUGACAGCAAUCUACUGGCUCGGCAACGGCCUCAGCACACCCCUCGCAGCAUGGUGCUCCAACCGCUAUGGCCGCAAGCCCGGUCUCUACGCAGGCUACUUCUUCCUUAUAAUCGGCGUGGGCAUGCAAGCUGGUGCGCCCAACGAAAAGGCCUUUACGUACGCUAGACUCUUCAUCGGUUUCGCUGCUGGCUUCUUGGGAAACUCUGCGCCUGUGCUUAUCAAUGAGAUCGCGUAUCCUUCGCAUAGAGCUAUUGCGAGUGCGCUGUUUAUGUGUGGGUGGUAUGUUGGCGGCACGAUCUGUGGAUGGGUUACGUUUGCGUGUCGUGUUAUUCCUAAUGACUGGUCCUGGCGCAUUCCUGUCCUGCUACAGAUCUUCCUACCGCUCUGUGCUCUGCCGGGUUUUCUGAUGGCGCCGGAGAGUCCGCGAUGGUAUGUCAGUGUUGGAAGAUUGGAAGAGGCAACGGAUGUCAUUGCGAGGUAUCAUGCUGGCGGGAACAGGGAUGAUCCGAUUGUGAGCACGCAGAUGAUGGAGAUUGAGGCUGCUAUCACGGCUGAGAAGGAUGCAGCGAAUGGUGCGUCUUAUCUCGAUAUGUUCAAGACCAAGGGCAACCGACAUCGAUUGUUCAUCUCGGUCACGCUUGGGUUUGUUGCGCAGUGGGCAGGCAAUGGAGUUGUUUCUUACUAUCUGCCUCUUGUCUUGACCUCGGUGGGUCUCAAGACUACAACUGAGCAGACUCUCAUCUCGGCAUGUCUCAACGUCUGGAAUCUUCUUUGGGCUACUGCCGCAGCAGUCAGUGUUGAUCGACUGGGCAGACGAUUCCUUUUCUUGACUUCAGCGACCGUCAUGUUCUUGUCAUUCGUUGUCGUCACUGCUCUUAGCGCAUCUUUUGCCAAGUCAGGUGCUUCGUCGGUUGGACUGGCGGUUGUGCCAUUCCUCUUCAUCUUCUUUGCAGGAUAUGACGUUGGACUAACACCCUUCCUUGUCGCAUAUCCUUGCGAGAUUUGGCAAUUUUCUCUCCGGUCUCGCGGUCUCACGGUGGCGUGGUGCACAACCGUCGCGUCAAUCUUCUUCAACAGCUUCGUCAACGCCAUUGCUCUCGACGCGAUUCAGUGGAGGUACUACAUUGUAUUCGCCGUGAUUCUGUUCAUCUUCAUCUUCGUCGUCUACUUUACUUAUCCUGAGACACGAGGACACACGUUGGAGCAAAUGGCGGUUAUCUUUGAUGGGGAUGAUGCAGUGUCGUCUCAGGCCGUUGCCUUGGAAAAGAGCGAUGUUGAGGAGAAGGAAUAA